UGACGUACCUAUCCGGACUAUCGUGUAAUCUGACAGUUAAGCAAUAAACGCCCCUAAAAUGAGUUUAUUAGGGACCUAAGAGACGUUUGACGUUAAAAUCGCAUUAAUUUUUUUAUGGCAAUGAACUGACUCUACCUGAUAGGCUUCUACUCCCAUAUUUCGAGUUUGUGACGAACCAAAGAGCUGUUCAACAGAAAACAUGUCGUUUCUGGUGGAUUCAGUCAUUAUGUUCACCUCACAGGUGCUGUUUUUCGGAUUUGGCUGGUUAUUUUUCAUGCGGCAGCUUUUCAAAGACUAUGAGGUGCGGCAGUAUGUUGUCCAGGUGGUUUUCUCUGUCACCUUUGCUUUUUCAUGUACCAUGUUUGAGCUCAUCAUUUUUGAGAUUCUGGGUGCCUUAAGUAGUAGUUCCAGGUAUUUUCACUGGAAGCUGAACUUGUAUGUGAUACUGCUGGUUCUCAUCUUUGUGGUGCCUUUUUACAUUGGGUACUUUGUUGUCAGCAACAUACGUCUGUUGCACAGACAAAGGCUUCUUUUUGCCUGUAUGGUGUGGUUCACCUUCAUGUAUUUCUUCUGGAAGUUGGGGGACCCAUUUCCAAUCCUCAGUCCAAAACAUGGAAUCCUGUCCAUUGAGCAGCUAAUCAGCCGUGUUGGUGUAAUAGGCGUGACACUCAUGGCGUUGCUAUCGGGGUUUGGUGCCGUCAACUGUCCCUACACGUACAUGUCGUAUUUUCUCAGAAAUGUAACAGACAGUGACAUACUCGCUCUGGAACGGCGGCUACUCCAAACUAUGGACAUGAUUGUCAGCAAGAAAAAACGAAUUGCCAUGACACGGAGGCAGAUGUACCAGCGUGGGGAAGACCAGAACAAACAGACGGGAUUCUGGGGCAUGAUAAAGAGUGUGACCUCCACACAGACAGGCAGCGAAAACCUCUCUCUGAUCCAGCAGGAAGUCGACGCUCUAGAGGAACUGAGUCGACAACUCUUUCUGGAGACUGUAGACCUACAAGCGACCAAGGAGCGAAUUGAGUAUUCAAAGACAUUCCAGGGGAAAUACUUCAACUUUCUCGGAUACUUCUUCUCCAUCUAUUGUGUUUGGAAAAUAUUCAUGGCCACUAUAAACAUUGUGUUUGACCGAGUUGGAAAGACUGAUCCAGUGACGAGGGGCAUCGAAAUUACAGUGAACUACUUAGGCAUCCAGUUUGACGUAAAGUUUUGGUCGCAGCACAUCUCAUUCAUCUUGGUGGGAAUAAUAAUCGUUACGUCCAUACGAGGCCUGCUCAUCACCCUCACAAAGUUCUUCUAUGCAAUAUCAAGCAGCAAGUCUUCCAAUGUGAUUGUGCUUGUGCUCGCUCAGAUCAUGGGGAUGUACUUUGUAUCUUCGGUGUUACUGAUGCGAAUGAGCAUGCCACUGGAGUACCGCUCUAUAGUGACAGAGGUGUUGGGAGAGCUGCAGUUCAACUUCUAUCACCGAUGGUUUGACGUCAUCUUCCUGGUCAGCGCCCUGUCCAGCAUCCUCUUCCUUUAUCUUGCCCAUAAACAGGCGCCAGAGAAGCACAUGACUCUCUGACCAGUGUCCCACCUGGAUGUGACUCCUGACUCUUAGGGUGACUUAAUUUGGAACUUUGGACAUUUGAAUCUUUUUUUUUUUUUUGUCUUUUUUAAGCACAUAAUUUUCUGGACACACUGGGAAAGCUCUAAACUUCCCAAAUCAGGGAUAAUGUUGGAUACAAGUGAUGGGGUAAUAUUGGAGGGAACAACUCUUGAAGAAAAGAAUUAAAUUUUACAUUGAAACACUUUGUUCUCGGCGCUCUUGAAUCUGCGAAUCUUGGGCCAAAAUGAGCUUUUUAUUUGGUUUGUUUAAAAACACUGGAGCUGUACAGUUCACGGCACAUCCCCGCUUUACUAAAUGAACAGGAAUAUAUGAAUAUGUCACUCACCAUCAUCAUCAUCGUCGUCGUCAUCUGUCUUUGUCAAGUGUGCCAUGUAAUCGGAACAACAAUCAAAACCCCAUAAAGACAAUAUAAUUCA